AUGCUUGCUGUACAUUCAGAACAAAGUGGUGCAGUCGAACAAAAGGGUAGGAGUACUAAUGAGAGCAAAGUAUACAAAAAGAUCGAGCUCGGACAACUUACUCCUCAUAAUAUCAAGCAAUUCAGAUUGAUAAAUCAAACUGUAUUCCCAGUCACAUACACAGAGAAAUUUUAUAGUGAUGUUCUAAAGAAUAGUAAGAUGUGCAGACUUGCUUACUUUAAUGAUAUCGUCGUCGGAGCUGUUAGUUAUCGGAUAGAGAAUGUUGUUGUGAAGAAUGUCGAUUUGGCUACGGAUGAUAAUAACGGCCAAGCUAAUCAAACUGUCAAGAAGUGUUAUAUUAUGACUUUGGGAUGUCUUGCACCAUACAGAGGCUAUGGUGUUGGUACACUUAUGUUAAAACAUGUCAUUAGGAGCUGUUUAAAGCACGGUGGUAUUAAAAGUAUUUAUCUGCAUGUUCAUGUUGGUAAUGAAGGCGCAGUAGCGUUCUACAAACGUUUCGGUUUUGAAAUAACUGGAGAAGUUAGUGAUUACUACCGCCGUAUUCAUCCUCAAACUGCUUACGUGCUCGAAAGAUCGUUAUCAGCUACAGAAGCUAGAGAAUCCGACUCAGAAUCCGAUUAAACUCUCACUCCAAUCAUCUUGUCCACUCUCUUUUUUGUUCAACUCCAUAUACUGCCAAAGUGCAGGUUUCAUGAAGGUAAUCGCUUAGUUCGUAUCAUUUUUGUUAGUAGAGUAGUUCAUUCACCGCAGUCCACUGGUCACUGAUAUCACCUACUUCAAAAUUUUGUUGCAUAUAAUCUAAUAUUUAUCGUAAC